AUGAAGGUGGAGGAGGAGAAGGCUGGGGUGGGGAAGCUGAACCCUGUGAACUACAGGAGGCGAUGUCAGGACCAGCAAGACGGCCAUUCCAUCCACGUUGGGCUUUCAGUCCCCAGUUACCUUCAAAGGAAGAGAGACCAGAAGGGACAUCCCGCAGGCCAGCAGAAGGUCUGCUGGGGCCUGUGGCCGGACAGGGACCCGACCGGCGUGGGGAGCAGGGCAAGCAGCGGGGACAGCGGUGUGGAUCAUGCCAGCAGGACCCGGUCUCCAGCUGCUGAGCAGCUCCAGGACAUCCUGGGGGAGGAAGAUGAGGCUCCCAACCCCACCCUCUUCACAGAGAUGGAUACUCUGCAGCACGACGGAGACCAGAUGGAGUGGAAGGAGUCAGCCAGGUGGAUAAAGUUUGAAGAAAAGGUGGAGGAAGGAGGCGAACGCUGGAGCAAGCCCCACGUGGCCACGCUGUCCCUGCACAGCCUCUUCGAGCUCCGCACCUGCCUGCAGACCGGAACGGUGCUGCUCGAUCUGGACAGCGGCUCCUUACCGCAGAUCAUAGAUGACGUCAUUGAGAAGCAAGUCGAGGACGGCCUGCUGCGGCCGGAGCUCCGGGAGAGGGUCAGCUACGUCCUCCUGCGGAAGCACCGGCACCAGACCAAGAAGCCCAUCCACCGCUCCCUGGCGGACAUCGGGAAGUCCGUCUCCUCCCCCACCAGCCGCAGCCUCGCCCGGAGCCCCCCGGCCGGCCCCAGCCUGCACCGCUCCACCGAGGACCUGCGGCUGCAGCCCAGCGUGAGCUACGGCCACCUGUGUCAUGUCCAGAGCAGAAGCAUGAGUGACAUUCCUCGCACCCAAAACCCAGACCAGCGGAAAAACAAGUUCAUGAAGAAGAUCCCCAAGGACUCGGAAGCCUCCAACGUGCUGGUGGGGGAGGUGGACUUCCUGGACCAGCCCUUCAUCGCCUUCGUGCGGCUCGUCCAGUCGGCCAUGCUGGGAGGGAUGACCGAGGUGCCCGUGCCCACCAGAUUCCUGUUCAUACUGCUGGGACCUUCCGGGAGAGCAAAGUCCUACAAUGAGAUUGGCCGAGCCAUUGCCACCCUCAUGGUAGAUGAUCUCUUCAGCGGCGUGGCCUACAAGGCCCGCAGUCGGGAAGACCUGAUCGCUGGCAUCGACGAGUUUCUGGACGAGGUCAUCGUCCUUCCCCCCGGAGAAUGGGACCCCAAUAUCCGCAUCGAGCCCCCCAAGAAGGUGCCCUCCGCAGACAAGAGGAAGUCCGUGUUCUCCCUGGCCGAGCUGGGCCAGAUGAACGGCUCUGUGGCAGGAGGCGGAGCGGCCGCAGGAGGAGGCUCUGGAGGUGGCAGUGGCAGUGGCAGCGGUGGGCUCGGCGGAGGGAGCAGCACAGAUGACCGAGAGAUGCCCGCCAAGCACGAAAUCGGGGAGGAGCUUAUCUGGACAGGAAGGUGCUUCGGUGGCCUGUGCCUGGACGUCAAGAGGAAGCUGCCCUGGUUCCUCAGCGACUUCUACGAUGGCUUCCACAUCCAGUCCAUCUCCGCCGUUCUCUUCAUCUACCUCGGCUGCAUCACCAACGCCAUCACCUUCGGAGGGCUCCUGGGCGAUGCCACUGACAAUUACCAGGGGGUGAUGGAGAGCUUCCUGGGCACUGCCAUGGCCGGCGUCCUGUUCUGCCUCUUCUCGGGACAGCCGCUCAUCAUCCUGAGCAGCACAGGGCCCAUCCUCAUCUUCGAGAAGCUCCUCUUCGACUUUAGCAAAGGCAAUGGCCUGGACUACAUGGAGUUCCGCCUCUGGAUUGGCCUGCACUCAGCCAUCCAGUGCCUGGUCUUGGUGGCCACGGACGCCAGCUUUAUCAUCAAGUACAUCACCCGCUUCACCGAGGAAGGCUUCUCCACCCUCAUCAGCUUCAUCUUCAUCUAUGAUGCCAUCAAGAAGAUGAUCAGUGCCUUCAAGUACUACCCCAUCAACACGGACUUUAAGCCCGACUCCAUCACCUCCUAUAAGUGCGAGUGUGUCGCUCCAGAUACAGCGAACAUAACCGGGUUCAAUGCCUCAGCCUUGCUGCCACCAAACACCAACACUUCUCUGUACAACCCCCUUAACCUCACAGCGCUGGACUGGUCCCUGCUGAGCAAGAAGGAGUGUCUGAACUACGGUGGGCGCCUGCUUGGGAACUCCUGCCAGUUCAUCCCCGACCUGGCACUCAUGUCCUUCAUCCUUUUCUUCGGGACGUACUCUAUGACCUUGACCCUGAAGAAGUUCAAGUUCAGCCGCUAUUUUCCUACCAAGAUCCGGGCCCUGGUAGCUGACUUUUCCAUUGUCUUCUCCAUCCUGCUGUUCUGUGGAAUCGAUGCCUGUUUCGGGCUGGAAACCCCCAAGCUGCAUGUGCCCAGUGUCAUCAAGCCCACACGGGCAGACAGAGGCUGGUUCGUGGCCCCUUUUGGGAAGAACCCGUGGUGGGUGUACCCAGCGAGCAUCCUGCCUGCCCUGCUGGUGACCAUCCUGAUAUUCAUGGACCAGCAGAUCACAGCUGUCAUCGUCAACCGGAAGGAAAACAAGCUGAGGAAAGCUGCCGGCUACCACCUGGACCUGCUCUGGGUGGGCCUCCUCAUGGCCCUGUGCUCCUUCAUGGGGCUCCCCUGGUACGUGGCGGCCACCGUCAUCUCCAUCGCCCACAUCGACAGCCUCAAGAUGGAAACCGAGACCAGCGCCCCCGGGGAGCAGCCCCAGUUCCUGGGGGUCAGGGAACAGAGAGUGACUGGCACCAUCGUCUUCGUCCUGACGGGGAUCUCCGUCUUCCUGGCUCCUGUCCUCAAGUACAUCCCCAUGCCCGUGCUGUACGGCGUCUUCCUCUACAUGGGCGUGGCCUCCCUGAACGGCAUCCAGUUCUGGGACCGCUGCAAGCUCUUCCUGAUGCCGGCCAAGCACCAGCCGGACCACGCCUUCCUGCGGCACGUGCCCCUGCGCCGGAUCCACCUCUUCACGCUGGUGCAGGUCCUCUGCCUGGCCGUGCUCUGGGUCCUCAAGUCCACGGUGGCCGCCAUCAUCUUCCCAGUCAUGAUCCUGGGCCUCAUCAUCGUCCGGAGGCUGCUGGACCUCGUCUUCUCCCAGCACGACCUGGCCUGGAUCGACAACAUCCUCCCAGAGAAGAAGAAGGAGACAGAUAAGAAGAAAAAGAGCAGGAAAGGGGCCCAUGAGGACAAUGACAAGGAGCCCCAGUUCCCUCCUCCCUCCGUUAUAAAGAUUCCCAUGGAAAGUGUCCAAAUAGACCCCCAAAACGGUAUCCACUGCAUUGCCAGGAAAAGAUCUUCCAGUUGGAGUUACUCGUUCUGA